UUUGUCCUACAGUGGGUACCUGAGAUCACCCACCACUGUCCAAAGACCCCCUUCCUGCUGGUGGGGACACAGAUUGAUCUGAGAGAUGAUCCUUCUACCAUCGAGAAGCUUGCCAAGAACAAACAGAAACCCAUCACUCCGGAGACAGCAGAGAAGCUGGCCCGUGAUCUGAAGGCUGUCAAAUAUGUGGAGUGCUCCGCUUUGACGCAGAAAGGCCUAAAGAACGUAUUUGAUGAGGCGAUUUUGGCAGCCCUGGAGCCCCCAGAGCCCAAGAAGAAGCGUAAAUGUGUGCUGCUAUGAGCGCCCUGUUACACAUCUCUCCCCCUCCCUUCUUUGCUCUGCUAAGGCUGGUCCACAGCUUUACACUCUAAAAAGCAAUGUGUAAAAGAAGUGAGUUUCAAUAUUUGCUCUGCAAUAAAGAUAUAAAGAGUACCCACCAUACACAUGCACAUACACACACACAACAAAAACCACACACGACCCACAUGCUCAUUAAUAUAAAAACCUAGAGGGCCUUUUCUAGUUUUGAUUCAGGGGUCUUACUUAUGUACUUCAUUGUGAGAUUUAUUAGAGAUGCUGCCUUGGUUUGCCAGCCAUGUUUUGACAUUUAAGUGGGUUAAUGUGACAUACAGUAGUACCACUGCACAGGCACUCUCAGUCGCUAAAGUCUUAAGUAGUUUCAGGUUGUAUUUCUUUCCAUUGUGCUGUGCAAAGAUCGUACGGUGUUCAAAAUGGCAACCGAAUCACUGACCUGAUUCGAAACGUCACUAGCCCAAGAAAUAAAAUAAUUAUUAUAUUUGGAGAUGUGUUCGCGAGUCUGCCGUAAUCCCCCUCCCGCCCUCGAACAACAACACCUGAAGUGCUUAGAAAUAGCUCCUUAUUCUUUGCCAAUAUUCCCAUUUAAUAGGCAUUCAAGACAGUAGUCCUGUAAAUGGUUCAGUUGAUAUUCGUGUAUAAUUUUGACUCCUAAAAAAAAAUUGGUCUAUCUCAAGCAGGGAACUUUCUAACAGUGUUAGCAGAACAAGUGGCGGGUUCUAAUGCGUUGCUAGGGACCAUGGAAGCGUUGUUCCAGAACUUGUGAUGCAUGUAGGUAAGCCUCCAGGUUCCUUCGGAUAGGCUAACAUUAAUAAUAAUGUAAGCUGACAAAAGUUGUUGUAGGCUCCAGUUGUUUUUAUUUUACCAAAUGUUUUUUUUUUCUUUGUGAUUAUUGAUUUUUUCUUUUAUUGUUUUAUCUAAAUUUUGUUUUCCUCAAAGGUUAAUUUCACUCCUUUGUUUUGUUUAGGGGCUGGAUCCACAGCGAUUCUCUGAUCCACCUCUGGUUUUUAAGAAAGAAAUCAAGCAACAGUUGAAUGUUUAUGUGGUAGUGCAAGAUGACCUCUCUCAGAACCAAGUUUAAUAGUGCAACACGGGUGGAUCAGAGUUAGUUUGAUUUCCAGUCUGUUUCCCCUCCCUAGUUAUUUGUUUUGUUUUUGUUUUGGUGUAAACCAAAUGCUCUGUAUGAAGUCUCUCCUUUGUACUGUAUAUGCAUUCUUUUGAGAAAAAAAAUAUUAAACUUAUACCUUAAUUGCC